AUGGCCAAGGCGUCCAAAGUCGUCCGCGUGGGCCAAGAUGCGCCGCACCAGCCUGAUGUGGAGAGCGAGAGCAGCUACAGCUUCGUGGAGCAGUCCAAGCGCCAGGUGAAGGUCAAAAUUCAGAGCCUGACGGACGACGAGAUUGUGUUUGACCUCAUUGGUCACGUAUACAUCUGGAACAACUCGUCAAUUAUUCAGGAUGAGGUGCUAGCCCAUCGACUAGGCCUCAUUCCGCUCAAUGCCACUGACGAGAACACAAUCGUUUUCAAGCUCGACGUCACAUGCAAGUUUGACCCUGAACACCCGAAAGACCCAACCAAGGCCAUUCACUCUUCUGUGUACUCGCGUGACCUAGAAUGGGUACCACAGGGAAACCAGGAGGAGCGAUUCGGCUCCAUUCGCCCCGUACACGAAGACAUUCUGAUGGCAAAGCUGCGGCCUGGUCAGAGCAUCGCAUUGGAAGCCCACUGCCGCAAGGGCGUGGGUAAGGACCACGCUAAGUUCUCUCCCGUCGCGACAGCAUCAUACCGUUUGAUGCCCAAGGUGGAGCUUAUGGAGAAGGUAGAGGGCACUGACGCAAAACGCCUCGUGGAGGAGUGCCAUAUCGGCCUGUUCGAUAUUGAAGAUAUUGGCGGUGUCCCUACUGCUGUGGUGAAGGACCAGCGCGCCUGCACUAUGUGCCGGAACUGUAUUCGUGAGCCUAGCUGGAACGAGAAGAUUCGUCUGGGGCGUCAGAGCGACCACUUUAUCUUUAGCGUCGAAUCUGUAGGAAUGAUUAAGCCCGAGGAGUUGCUGCUGGAAGCCCUCAAUGUGCUUGCUGAAAAAUGCAACGUCGCGUUAGAGUCGUUCACACAGGUGGAUGAGGACGAGGAAAUGGGCGAUGAAGAGGAGGAGGAAGAGGACCAGGAAGAGUAG